GGGGUAAUGACUGCGAUGGGAAAGUGGAUGAACUGCGACGUGUCAGGGCGGCGGCGGGCGAUACGCGGUUCCACUUUCACAUGCUGGUUCGGCACAUUUCAAAUCUCAUCGGAAGACCAGGUAGAAGCUGGGGACACCCGCAUUCCCGUGACAUUUACCUUUCCGGAAUUCGCUGGGUAUUUAAAGUAAUGGCAAAGCCCAGGCCAGUGGUGGUUAGUGGACCUUCUGGAGCAGGCAAGAGCACUCUACUGAAGCUGCUUUUGGAGGAGUAUGAUCAAGUUUUUGGAUUCAGCGUUUCUCAUACAACAAGAAAUCCAAGGCCAGGUGAAGAAAAUGGUAGAGAUUACUAUUUUGUAUCGAGAGAGGAAAUGCUUCAUGGCAUCGAUGCGGGGGAAUUUAUAGAAAAUGCUGAGUUCUCAGGAAACAUAUACGGUACAAGUAAAAAAGCAGUGCAGGAGGUGCAAGCCAGAAACCAAAUCUGUAUUCUUGAUAUCGACAUGCAGGGUGUGAGGAAUAUCAAAAAAACAGACCUGUGCCCAAUUUAUAUUUCCAUUCAACCACCGUCAUUUGAAAUUCUUGAACAACGACUGAGACAGAGAAAAACUGAAACUGAGGAAAGUUUGCAAAAGAGGUUGGCAGCAGCAAAAUUGGACAUGGAAUUCAGUAAGGAGCCUGGUAUAUUUGAUGAAGUACUAAUUAAUGAUGUUUUAGAAGAUACCUAUAUUCGGUUGAGAUCGGUUCUUAGUGAGGUAAGCUAAAGGAAAUCCAAAGGGUGAGAGCUUUGCAGAACUGAACUAUUCCAAACUCCAUCCCACUCAAAAAUGUUAACAUUAUAUUCCCUCAAUAUAUACUAAGUGGGAAGAAUAAAAAUUUCCAUAAUACCAAUGUAUGUAUUGAAUAUCUUGGUGUGCUCUUUUAUUUUUGUUUGUUAGCUGUUGUUGAACUGGCAUUCCAUUUUUUGCCAGUGUCUAUUGUCCUUGGGAUGUUUUAUGAAUAAUAGGAAUACUUUUUUAAUAUAAGCAAAACGCUGGCAUGUUGCUCAUUAUAAUCAACUUUCUUUCUGUAACGCUUUGCAGGAAGGAAUUGUUCAACUUUUAUAGCUAGUGUUUUUUUUAAAGUGUAUAUACUAGAUAUCGUUAUACCAUCAACAGAAUAGAGACUCUCUGAACACAAGUUACUAGAACUGUUGUAUUUGUAAUGUAAGUAAUUGUGAAUAGACCAUGAACAUAAUUACUGUAUUGAAGUAGAAAGAGAAGAAUUAUUUUGUUGAAGAGAUAUGUCAUUUUUUGAGUUCUCCCAUCAAGCAAAAUUAGAUGACUAUUUACAACUGUCUUUGGGAUUAA